CGGAUUUUUAAAAUUCAUAAGAUUCGUAAAAACAACGUUGAAUUAAAUGAGAGGGGCAUGCAUUUUGAAAGGGGCACGCAGAAAGUUGGUGAAAAGAAAUCGAAAUUUUAUUGGACAAUUUUAUUAAUAAUACUCAGUAUUUACGGUUGAAAACUAGUGAAAUGAUAGCGGAAAAUCUUUAUUGAGAUAGAACAAUAUCGAUUUGAUUGAGAGAAUUAAGAAGAAAAGAAGAAAUCGUGAAAAAAUUGGUUAUUGAUUUUUCAUUGGCGAAUAUUUUGUGAAUUUCAAAAAGAUCCAGUAGAAAGAGAAAAAAUUAAAAAAACACCGCAAAACGUUUGAAACUUAAUGUUAAUGUAAUAAGCAGCAUAAAACGAUAGUUAUAACAUGUAUAAUGGAAUUGGAUUAACAACACCAAGAGGAAGUGGAACUAAUGGACAUGUCCAAAGGAACUUUGCAUUUGUCAGACCAGGGAAGAAGGAUAAUGUACAUUAUAGGAGCGAAGAUGAUAUCGCGAAAUUAGAUGCUGCAACAAAUCGUCAACCAAACCUUGAAAUAUUAGAUCAUGAAAGAAAGCGGAAGAUAGAAGUCAAAUGUGCAGAAUAUGAAGAAGCUUUAGAAUCACAAGGGCUUUCUGAAGAAGAAAUUCAAAAGAAGGUUGAUGCAUUUCGUAGCAAAAUUGUAGGCACAAAUCAACAACAAAAUGGAAAUGACGUAGCGAAAGAUGAUUACGGUCGUCCAAUUUUAAGCUUCUUCUGAAAGAAAUGGGAUUCUUAAAUGGUGGAUAAUCGUACUAUUGCGAAGGAAGCAAUAAAAGUGGGAAAGAAAAAAAAGGACGAACGGUUUCCAGAGUUAUUAGAUAUUAGCUUUUUUCAUGUUUUUUAAAAUGUAAACUUCGUUUAAUCAAUAAGUUUUUCAAAAUCACAUUGUCUUCCACACUAAAACAUAAAGUUUUAGUGAAAUUUUAUGUGAUUUAAUCGUUAGUCUUCCUUAUAAAAAUUUUAAAAAUUAGUAUUAAAAUUAAGUGCAAUUCAAUUUAAAUAAAUAAUUAUUAAGACAUGAAUACAAAACGGGACUUUAUUCCAAAGAAUUCAAACCAAAACUUCUCUCGGAAUAACGUCAAUAAUAAGAAUAAGAAAAGUCGUUCAAUAAAAAAUCUGUCUCCUGCCAAAAAGUUUCGAUUACGACUUAGAAGAGCCAAGUUACAGAAACGGCAGCAAGCCAGAGAAGAGUAUUUUGAGCAUGACAUGAGAGAAAAUAAUAGGAAUAAAAGGAGGAAGCGCAAUAAUAGAUAUAAAAAUUACAAGCGGCAAAAUAAUUUUCCAAAUAAAAAUAAAAAUGGAAAUGGAACGAAUGAGAUGUCGGCUAAUUUAGAACUCGUGGAGCCGUCUUCAAAUAACGCUAAUUCUAUAUCCUAUGCUGCAUCGCAAGAAAUUAUGUCUAAAAGUUUAAUUCGUAGUGAACAAGCGAAAAAUGAGGAAAUUUCUUCUCCAACUUUACUCUAUCCAACAACCAACACAAAUACAAAUGCAGGAAACUUUUCCUCAACCAAAUGUUGUUGCCAUUGCGCAUGCUCAGGAUCGUCAAAAAGAAAACCUAGAAGGAAGUUAUCAUCUCCAUAUCUAGGCGAUUUUAGUCAAAUUAUGCAUUUUGCUGGCGGCAGUAAAUGCUUGAAUGCGGCAAAUGAAUUAACAACAGAAGUUUUAAACAAAACUAUCAUGACACAACAUGAAAAGUUUAUUAAAACGAGUGGGGUGCAAAUAAAUUACGAUAUACCGGCUUUUGGCACUUAUAUGCACAAGUCGGUCGGAGAAAAUCUUAAAAAUCGUAAUGAACGAAAUUGUGUUCAAACUAUGAGUUUGAAGGAAACACACGAAAUCGCCCAAGCUCAGCAAGAGAAAAAUGCAAAAUUGAGAGAAGCAUUUGGAAUAUCAGAAUACUUUGUCGAAGGAACAAGCUUUGAUUCCGAUAGAAAGGCACGCGAAGAUCUGGCAAAGAGUGAGGCAUUGCAAAAAGAGAUUCAGGCAGAUAAGGCUAAUCAAAUGAAAUAUGCACUUGUAAGAACGCCGUCUCCUGAUAUCGAAAAAGAAGCAACACCUGCCACUGAAGACGAAAAGAACGAUAAAGUUGAUAAAAAAAAGAAAAACAAAAAGAGAGAAGCGUCUUCAAGUCCAGAUCGCAAGAAAGAUAAGAAGAAAAAGUCGAAAAAACAUAAGAAAGAUAGUGGAAAGAAGAAACGCUCUAAAAAACGGCGCGACAGUGAUGAAAGCAGCGAUUCAAGUGACUCAAGCAGUGAAGAUUCUUCCUCGAGUGAUUCCGAAAGCUCUUCUGAUGCCUCCAGUGUUGAUGAUCGUCGCAAACGUCGCAAGAAGAGUAAAAAGAAUAAAAAGAAGAAGUCAAAAAAGCAAAAGCAUGAAAAGAAAGAGCGUUCACGUGAAAGCUCGAUAGAUAAAGGACGAAAGAAUCAUUCAAAAGAUAUUAAGAGUCGAAAAGAUGACAGACGAGAAAUGGAACCACGUCUUCUUGAAAAGGAUGUACGCAAUUUAAGACGAAGUCGUUCAAUAAGUAAGCGCAACGAAAGAAAAAUGUCUCAUAGUCGAAGUGACAGAUAUCAACGAUCACAAUCUCCAGUUAGAAAGCCAAGAAGGGAUUCACAAUCACCAGAAAAACGCAGGAAGGAAUCAUUAUCACUAGAAAAACGCAGGAAGGAGUCAAAAUCACCUGACAGACGUAGAAAGGAAUUAAAGUCUCUAGAUAGACGCAGGAAAGAAUUAAAAUCACCAGAUAGACGCAGGAAGGAAUCUAAAUCACCUGAAAGACGUAAAAAGGGAUCACAAUCUCCAGUUAGAAAGCCAAGAUGGGAUUCACAGUCACCAGAAAGGAGUAGAAAGGCAUCAAAAUCACCAGAAAAACGCAGGAAUGAAUCAUUAUCACUAGAAAAACGCAGAAAGGAGUCAAAAUCACCUGACAGACGCAGGAAGGGGUCAAAAUCACCUGACAGACGCAGGAAGGGGUCAAAAUCACCUGAUAGACGCAGGAAGGAGUCAAAAUCACCUGACAGACGCAGGAAGGAGUCAAAAUCACCUGACAGACGCAGAAAGGAGUCAAAAUCACCUGACAGACGUAGGAAAGAAUCCAAAUCACCAGAUAGACGCAGAAUUGAACCAAGUAGAGAAAGAAGAGACGAUUUUCGUCGAUUUAAUGAUAUUGCGAGGAACAGAAAUCGCUCACCUCCUUCAAAAAGUCGAGCAUUUUCAUCAUCUAAAAAUAGAGCAUCUCCACAAUCUAGAAAUCGCUCUCCUGGAUUAAAAAGACGUUCACCAUCUCCAAGAAAUUUCCGUAAUCAAAAUGAAAGGAACCAGAGAAAACGGGAUAAAUCAACAAGACGAGACCGUUCAAGAUCAAUGAAUAGACAUGAAAUAAAUCCUCGUAGAAAUCCAUCACCACCUAAGCGUCGUCCAUCAAGAGCUUCUGAUAGAAAAGAAGUUCGUGACUUAAAAAGAGAUUCUUCAAAUAGUAGAAACAGACGUGACAGAACACCGGAUAAAAGAAAUCGUGUGGACGAAAGAAAACGAUUUUCACCAAAACGUCGAUCAGCAGAAAGACGCCGUCCAGAAAUGGAUAAUAAGAGAGGUAGAGAUAGGUCAUUAUCAACAGAUAGAAAUCAUGUGAAAUUUCCACGUAAACGAUCAGCAAGUAAAUCAAAAUCUCCAAUUCAAAGGAAAAUGUCUCGAGUAGAAAAUCAAACAAAAGAUAUUGAACGUAAAAGUCAUACAAAGGAACGACAAUCGGAUCGAUCAUUGAGCUAUUCACCUGCUCGUAGAAAUCCAGAACGGUAUAAGGAGAUUUUGGAUGCAAAAAAUAAAUCGAAUGAAAAGGCUAAGAAACAUACAGGGCCUAUAGUUAAAUUGCAAAGUGAUAAUGAAAGUUCCGAUAAUGAACAAGCUGAUAAAGAUGACGAAUUUCUUAUUGACAAAAAUCAAGACAAGGAAUUCAAUCGAAUGAAAACAGAAUUGGCAGCAAAAGUUAAGGAAACAUUAGAGAAGAAAAUCAUAUCGGAAGCUGCUUCUUCUCAACCGAAAGUUGAUCUAAAGCAAAAAUCGUCUACCGAAUUUAUUGAUAAUCGUAAGCAUGAAAAAAAUAAGGAAGUGCUAAUAGCACAAGUAAGUUUGCCUGCAAAAGAAAAGCAUGAUAAAGUUGACAAGCCAAUUGUUGGCAAAUCUCAAAAAUCAAGCAAUGAAGCACCAUUGAAAAAGAGAGAAUCAUCAAAAACUCCCGAUAAAGAUGCUGUACGCGGUAGAAAAUCCAGAAGUCGAUCUAAAUCACCGCGAAGAGGACGUAGAUCAGGCUCAUCAUCAAGUUCUUCGUCUGGUUCUGGAUCAUCGCAUUAUUCGAGUGACGAUUCUCGAAGGUCAUCAAGUCGUUCGUCACAUUCAAGUCACAGCAGUUCAUCAUCUAGCUCAACACAUACAGAACGUUCACAUCAUGCAUCAGCAGAAAAUGGAUCGCGUUCGCCAAGCAUCCCUCGUAGAGCUGGAUCUCCAUCAUUUUUGGACAGACGAAGAAUCACAAGUGCAAGAAAGCGACCGAUUCCACUACCAAACUAUAGAAACUCUCAAAAUUCAUCAGGAAGUUCACAUAGCUCAAGUGUUAGCCGACGAAGUAUAAGUCCUUAAUUUGACACUCAUCAGCACGAGUUUAAUUUUUUCUGGUCACUGAAAUCCUUCUAGUCUCAACUCUUUUUUUUACAAAAAAAAAGGAAUAUCCAAUAAACUUUAUUUUUUUUUCUCUGCAGUUGUUGUCUUGUACUAAUAAAAAGCAAUUAAUCACAUAUUUCAUGAUAUUAUAAGGACAUUACAGUAAUAAAAUAAUAAAGGAAUACCAUAAAAUUAAAAAAAAAAAUUAAUCCUUAGUCUUAUUUGCUUUAUAUCCCUUAAACCAGGCUCAAUUAAUCAAGAAUGUUUGCGAACGUAUACGUUUUAAUUAGACUGUUUGAUAAAAGCUAUCAGUCACAUAUUAUCAAUAUUUAUUUUGUGUUUUCUUUCUUUGCUGCUGCUCUACGUCUCUUAUCAGCUAAAUAAAUGAUCCAGAAGAAUCCAAUGAUGUUGGCGACAAAAACUCUAAGCAUUGGUGGUACAAAAUUGAAAUUUACAAAUACCGGUAGUGAUAAGUACCUCCAAUUUGUGACCAAAACAUUUAAGUAGAGUUGCUUAAGGAUUUUUUGCGCCUGCUCUGGUGAUUUUCCCUCAAAAAUGGACAGGAAGUAAAGACUAAGUCCUACAAAUACCGGUGCAAAAAGGGUUCGUUCCAUAAAAAAUUCAAUUAAUGCUUUAUAUUGAACAUCAGGAACGACAUUAUUAAAGAAUGAAUAGAAGUAA